AUGCCUCGCAAGAAACCUGCCAAUGCUGGUGCAGCCAGCAGCUCGUCUGCUGCAAUGGGAACCUCGUCACGGCCGCUUGCGUCUUCAGCGGCCCUGGAACGCUCGCCAUCUCCUAGCUCAUCACUCGGAACUGGCAGAAUCUCAAAUCCACCCUCGUCUCCACACAAACCGCCAGCUAGCACUCGCUCGAAACAGCCCAGCACUGCCAAUACUACCAGCGCCAUGCCUGUUCGCGCACCCUCCCCAACGCUCUCCGACAUCUCCACUUCAGGUUCAGAGGCCGAACAAGGCGCACAACCCACCACCAAUCAGCGCCUUCGCUCUGCCUCUCCAGAAGGCGACGAGCUCGCCGAUGAAUCCGUUCGAGAACCUGCAGUUCACAAUGAUGCCGAAGUUACAUGCCAGUGGAAUGACUGCGGAGAGACAUUCAACAGCCUACAGCCGUUCAUCGAUCACCUGCACAACGAGCACAUUGGCAUUCACAAGAGCAAGUACAUGUGCGAAUGGACCGGCUGCAUCCGCAAAGGAAAACCUCAGACUUCUCGUUUUGCGCUGCUCAGCCAUCUGCGAAGCCAUACCGGAGAAAAGCCAUUCACAUGUCCGCGGCCUGAAUGCGACAAGAGCUUCACGCGAUCAGAUGCACUAAGUAAACACAUGCGCGUCCAACACCAAAUCAUCACGCCUGGUUCUCGAAGGGCUGCCGCUUCGGCUGCACAGGAAGAUGGUGGAGAAGACGCUUCGAUGCUUGGUGAAGCCGCUGAUUCGGCUACACCAGCCAAAGCAGCGCCCGGCGCAACCGACGAUUCUCUGGGCGACGAGUUGCUUGAACUUGCUGGUGACGAGGGCGCUGAAUUCGGUUUGACAGGAGGAGUAGGUGGUGAGUCGAAUCUGUACACCAUGUCGGCGGACGAGUUGGGCAUCCAAGAGCGUCUUGCAGCCGGUCCUGAUUCGGAAGAGACCAAACGCAACGAAGCGAUCCUCGGUCGUGCACUAAGGGCAUGGGCAAAGGAUAUGCGCGAGCGCGAACGCAGCCGCAAGCUUCGCGAACCACCGUCUCGUCCACGCAACGGUGUCGAGGCCGACGAGAAGGUGAUUGCAUCCGUCUCUGGUGGCGCGGGCGUCAAGCGUGCGCGCGCCAACGACUACGACAGCGACUCGGGCGACUCGAUGCCGGACGUGUCCGAGCUGAGGCGAUCACGACGCAGUACGCGCUCUUCAUCUGCGCUUCGUCGACGUUCAUCGCGCUUCGGUUGGGCAGGCGGCGACGAAGCCGACGUGCUGGCGUCGUCGGCAUCAUCCAUGGAAGCAGCGCAAGCCGCGAUCCGCAACGCGCGCGCACGCUAUCUCGUCGAGAAAGCCAAGCUGCGCUAUGCACGCACCGAAAACGCGCGUCUCUGGCAACACCUUGAAACGCUCCAAGCCGAACAUACCAAGGUGCAACGCGAAUGCACCGUCGCCCUGGAACAAGCGCUCGUCUUCGAACUGGGUGCAGAUGUCGAUGCCAUCUUCACCCCGCCAGCUUCUCCGAAUCUGGGCGCGGCCCAACACGCGACACGGAACGAGGCGCAUGCGGCGUUGAAGCACGAAGUUGACGAGCAACACUUGGUUGCGAGGGGAACGCUGAUUGAGGAUCAGCACGCGACGACGAUCGCUGCUGCUUGA